AUGGAAGAGCAUCAAGAAAGGAGGAACGGUGGAGAGAAAGAAGGCGGCCAACCAAGCAGGAACAGUGGCCAAACUGGCCUCGAGCCUGAGGAGUAUAGGAUUGACAUUUUUGAAAUCAGUCAUAGGAAUUGGAUUGAGUCUCUCAGAACGGCAGAAGAAAGCACUCGAUCUCAGAGUCAAUGGCCAAGGAUACCAAAGGUUCCUCAGAUGCUGAGGGGGACCCAGGAUUUCAAGAAAUUCUACGAACCGGGGUUAAUUUCAAUCGGUCCUUAUCACCAUGGCAAGCCCCACCUUCACGCAGGGGAAAUAAUCAAGCGUCUAUGUGCCCGAAAAUUCCUUGCUGAUAGUGAGCAGGACAUGGACGCUUUGUACACAAAAAUUCAAAGUAAUAUCGAGGCAGUGAGGACGUGCUAUGAUAUGAUACCGACGAACAAGUAUGAUGAUGAGAAACUCGCCCGGAUGAUGCUUCUGGAUGGGUGUUUUUUACUACAAUUUUUCUGCGGGCAGGGUAAUGAAAACUUUCUUAGAUGUCACCAAUUAUUUUUUGCGGAGCUGGACUCGUUCAUGCUGGAGAACCAACUUCCUUUUAGAGUCCUCAAGUUGAUUUUUGAGGGAGCAAAUUUUAAGGGACCAGUGGAAAAGAAAAUAAAAAAAUUCGUUACUAGCACCCUAUGGCCAGAAAGGUCGACAUCAGAAACAGAGCUGGAAGAGGACGAAGAGCCCUCUCAUCUCCUCGCCCUUUUGCGAAGUACUCUCCUAGGCCGGCAACCUGAGAAAAAAGAAAAGUCGUCGUCGUGUCAAGGAGGAGAUGGGAGGUCCUGUUGCCCAUGGAAGAAAGGCCAAAAACGAGGCUUUUCAAGGUCUUUUCGAAACGUCAAGGAGCUUAAAGUUGCCGGGAUCCAUCUCCAACCGAGUGGAACGAGUUUCUUGAGAGACGUUUCUUUCAAUUCCUACUUCUUCUAUGGCUGCAUGAAUCUUCCCCCAAUAAUCGUUGAUGACUUCACGAAGCCCAAGUUCUUGAACAUUGUAGCCUAUGAAAUGUGUCCAGAUGCCCCAGAUGACUAUGCGGUCACUUCUUAUGUAUGCUUCCUUUACGAGCUCAUUGAUCAUGCAGACGAUGUCAAGGAGCUGAGAUCUAAGCACAUUCUCUACAACUGUCUUGGAAGCGAUGAAGAUGUGGCCAAAAUUUUCAACGAGAUCGGCAAUGGCUUGGUAGAUCCCGAUGCUUAUAAAGAAGUGAAAACUAGUAUUCAGAAACACUACGACAAGAGAGGGAAUACUUGGAUAGCUGAAGGCCUUCACGAGCAUUUCAGGUCUCCAUGGACUAUCAUCGCUUUCAUUGCUGCUGUUUUGAUACUACUUCUUACCGGGUUUCAGACCUACUUCGCUCUUCCCGCUAAACCCAAAUGA